AUGGGCGUUUCAACCAAAAUCCCCGAGGCACUCGGAGGCGUCCUGUUCAUCGAUGAGGCGUAUGCCCUCGUCGGCGAGGAUGGUCGGGACUCCUUCGGCCGGGAGGCCCUGGACACCCUGAUCAAGCUCGUGGAGGACUACCGGCAGGACCUGGUCGUUAUCUUGGCCGGGUACAGCUCCGAGAUGGCACGGCUGAUUGAAGCGAAUCCGGGCUUGCGCUCCCGCUUCCCGACGGUCAUCGAGUUCGAGGACUACACCUGCGAGGAGCUUCUCGAGAUUGCCACCGGAAUGCUCCUGCAGGAUGUCAUGGUCCUGUCCGAGCCAGCCGCCAGCGAUCGGCUGCGCGGGUUGCUGCAGAAGACUGUCCCCAAGCCCGGCAAGAAGACGGACCGGCAAGCGGGAAACGGACGCGCCGUCCGCAACAUCCUGGAGCGCGCGAAGCGAAACCAGGCUUUGCGGCUUCAGAAGGAAGUCACGGAAGGAAAGAAUCACAACCAGACGGACAUGUGCACACUGAUGCCGCAAGACUUCGACGGCUGUGAGACGUGA